AUGGCCACAGGAGAUCCAUUCUUUGCGGUUAAAGAAGAAGUAGAACAAAACAUUGCAAGCGCAGAAACACUUUUCCAAAGUUGGACACGCAUAUACAGUACCGUAUCCUCGAGAGACAAUGAAGAGCUUCAACGAACCGAGGAGGAAAUUAAUAGUUUUGUAGAGGUUACGAAGCAUCGAGUUCAGGAAAUAGGAUUAACUUUAUCAGACCCGCCUGCUCAGUCACGAGAUAAUGCGAAAAAUCAACGGCAGGAACUAUUCGAAAGCCGACAAAUAUUCUCAAUAGAUAACUACUCUUCACGAUCGCGUAUCGAAGAAGUAGAAUUGGAUAAUACGCGUUUCAUAGAAAAUGAGGCACUUCAACAGACAAUACUUGUCCAAGAACAAGAUGAACAACUAGACUCACUAUAUGGCACCGCGCGAAACAUCCACGCUAUUGCUACGACUAUGGGUACUGAGAUAGAAGAUCAAAACAUGUAA